AGUUGGAGCAGGGUUUCCCGCAGCACUUUGCAGUUAAGGCGCCGUCAAAAACAAAGUAGGCCUAUAUGAGCGAUGUCCACCGUGUUAUUUGGCGUCUCGUUUCUCCCUUUCAAUCCAAACCACACAGCUGACAACCUGCAGGUGGAGACUGUGGAGACGGGCUCGGACAUACACGCCGCUGGUCAGUCUCGCAAGCGGUUUCAGGAAAGUGGCUGCAUGUUUCCGACAAUGCACAGAACAUUAACGGUGACUCCCUUCGUCCAGUGCAUGUCAGUGACCGUCUCCGUCUUCUCUCUGGUGCUGAUCGCUCUGGAGCGCCACCAGCUGAUCCUCCAUCCCACCGGCUGGUCCCCGGCCGCCGGACACUCGUACCUGGCCGUCGGGCUGACGUGGCUGGUCGCCUGCUUCAUCUCGCUGCCCUUCCUCUCCUUCAACAUCCUCACCAACGACCCUUUCCAGAACAUCAGCUUGCCCGUAAACCCCUUCAGGGACCAUCUGAUCUGCAUGGAGCUGUGGCCGUCAGAUAAGCAUCGUCUUGCCUACACCACGUCACUGCUGCUCUUCCAGUACUGCUUGCCUCUGCUGCUGGUGCUCCUCUGCUACCUCCGCAUCUUCCUCCGCCUGAGGCGACGCAGGGACAUGCUGGAGCGCAGCCAGAGGACUCAGGGCGCCCAGAGGAUCAACACCAUGCUGUUAGCCAUCGUCGUAGCCUUCGCUCUGUGCUGGCUGCCGCUCACCGUCUUCAACACGCUGUUUGACUGGCACCACCAGGCGCUACCCGACUGCCAGCACGACGCCGUCUUCUCCGCCUGCCACCUCAUGGCGAUGGCCUCCACCUGCAUCAACCCGGUGGUGUACGGCUUCCUCAACAGCAACUUCCAGAGGGAGCUGAAGCUAACGCUGCAGCGCUGCCAGUGCGGCCACCGCGCGGCGGAGAGCUACGAGAGCUUUCCGCUCUCCACCGUGGGCAGCGAAGGCAUCACGAAGGCCACCUCGAUCAACAGGAUGGGAUCGGUGCGCGUUCAUUCGCCCAGACCGGAGAUCAGCUCAGCAUUACCUGUGAAAACAAUACCAGCUCACACCUGAUAAUGAAGAGCAAACUGUUUUUCUGGUCUGAGACCUCUGAGUCGAACACUACUUCAACUUUACUUUCCAUAACUUUCCUGCCAGAGUGAAACAGCUUUGUUUGAGUCGGGCUGACUGUUCAGGGCAGGAAAGAAUGAAGAUGGAGGUCAGCUGAUGCAGCUUCUAGUCCAAAAAAUUAGAAGUACAAUCUUGUAAAUUGAUAAUGGAUGUAUAAUAAGACCUGGAUACAGCAUUCGAGGCGGAGCCCCAUUUAUUCCAAUGAAUGAUUAACACAAACACCUGUUUCCUGGGUGAAAGUCUUGUGUUUUCUCCUUAACUUCUUCAGGACAUGAACACCUGUUUCCUGGGUGAAAGUCUUGUGUUUUCUCCUUAACUUCUUCCAGGACAUGAACACCAGUUUCCUGGGUGGAAGUCUUGUGUUUUCUCCUUAACUUCUUUCGGGACACAAACUCUGCUCCCCUGCUUGAAAACAAGAUUAAGUUAGGGUUAGGGGUUUAAAUGACUUUCCAUUGGUAUUGUUUAUGUGCCACCACGACCACGAUAGUCAUAUUUCACAUAUUUCUGUGAGAUCAGGCUGUUUAGAAGACAUGGAAAAGAAGAGACAUCUUUGUAUUUGUAUUGCAGAUGGCGCUGGUUAGUUUUGGUGUUAUAAUACAUAUAGUGUGAUAAGAAAGAAAUGUCAGGAACAAACUGUAUUAUAAAGUAUUUGACAGAAAAGGAUGUUAUUCUGUUCUAACCGGUUUGGACGAUUACUGUUGAAAACAUAUACUUGGACAAACAACACAUAUAUAAUAUAUUCAUAUAUUUCCAAACAUUAUGUUUCAGUUUAAAGAUGAAUAACCAAUGUAGUUGCUGUACCUGUCUUGAGUAACACGCUUAUUUGGAGUUUCAGGAGUAAAAAUCCCAAAUCAAAUAAAGAACAACUAACGUUAGCUUAAACUAAAUGAGGGACUGGCUCCCACAGAGUGGACGUCUUCAACCCAACAUAAUAAUGUAGCAGAGCCCAUCUACGGAGAGCCUGUUCACUAAUUACCUAACUACAUUCUCUGACUGUAGUUAGCUAAUUAAAUGCUAACUCCUAGCCUUGCUGGUAACGCUAGCUACUACGGUGAAUAAUAAGCUAGUAAUCCAGCCAUGCUAACAUUUGCAGUUUACGGAAAAAGCAGAUAAACACAGUGUUUAAUUAAUUCCUUACAUUUUUCGUUUGUGUAUUUUUGUUCUUUUUUGGAAGACACAACCGUCCAAACUCUUCAGACAUCUCUCGACUUACGAGCUGUGCUUGUUUACGGACCAGCUGCCAAGCUAAUUUUGGACAAUUGCCGCUUGGUGAUUUGGGAUUUGACUGACAAGAAAAUAUGGGAAAUGUAGGACUGACACAAAGAUGAAGAAUACAACUGAAAAACCAAAUUUGAAGCCACUUGUUGACAUACGUGUGUUUUAUAUGUCAGUUGUAAAUUAUAUUUUGAUCGUGAACACUGUUGAUAAGCAUGCCUUAGUGAGCCUUUUAAGUGUGGUGAAGGAAUUUACUAAUAACUAUUUUCAGUGGCUGAGUUAUAAAUACAAUAAAGUCUAUGAGAGAUGAGAUUAUUAUUGAUGCCACUCAGCCUUACUACGUUUCUCUGAAUGAGAUGAAACUUUCUAGGAAUGUUAUAAAUACUGAGGGCUCGGCACGUCUUGUAGCAGUUUUCAGACCUUUUAACUUAAUAAAGGCAACAUAUUUUCGUGGUCAGA